UCUCUUCCCCCCACAGCUGCAGCCGAUCCCGAUAGCCAGCUUUGCAGACUGCACUCAGUAUGCUGCUGGAGCAACCGCUUCUAGGCGUCUCAACCGAGCGAUGAUGAUGACGAUGAGCGGGAUUCGAGAUUGGCGCAGCUCUCGUCGUCGUUGUUGUUGUCGUUCUCUCCUCUAACUCACUUCUCCUCUCUGCCAUGCCGCCGCGCUUUACUGUCUCAGCGAUUGUUGAUUUUCCUUUUCUCUCUCUCUCUUCUGUUUUCUGGACGCGUCUCCUCUUCCUCUCUGACUAACAUGUGCGCAAAUAAACCUCCCCGCGUCCCAGCUCGAUUAAAGUCUCUGUCCUUGAGAAAACACAUCGUCACAUGUGUGCUGCUUGCUCUUUAUUUGAAAGCAGAUGUGUGAUCCUGUCUGAUGCAUCAGUAUUCUGGUUGGAUUAUAGUCUGGGUCUGCGUGCCUUCACUGCUGCUGCUGCACGGAUCCUCGUGUUUUCUGGCAUCUAGUUUGCCUUUGUAGGAGAAACAGAGGCUGCGGCAGAUAUUUAUGAAGAAGGAUGCAGAAACACGCUGUAAUUCACUUUUGUUCCUUUUUCUUUGGUGCCAUUCUGCAGAGAGCAAGCCAGCAGAGUGACUGAUAUUAUUCUUUAUUUGCGUUGUGGCUUGCUAGAAUGUAGUGUGGCUGAGCUGUUCGGCAUUCACUCACGUCGCAUGUUGAAUAUUAACAAUUUGACAUCAAUACACUCUGGAGCAAAUAACGUGUUCUAAAUCUGCAAAGGCGCCGCAUGGCAUUUCGGGUUACUAGACGCGCUUCCUGCAAAUUCAGAAAUGGAUGAAUAAAUAAUAUGUUUAGUUUUUAAUAUCUAGCAGUAUUACUAGGUCAGAGAUUUCGUGAGCAAUAUCCCAUCCUUGAUUUUUUUUUUUUUGUUAAAGCUUGUGCCUGCAGACAAGUUGAAUCAAAUUCAAUUUCUCUUUAAAAAAAUUUACGUACGUAUGUACGUAGUACAUACAUACAUACAUACAUACCUACCUACCUACAUACAUACACACACCCCCACACACGAACAUACGUACAUACAUACAUACAUACAUACAUACAUACAUACAUACACGCCUACACACACACUUAUUUUACUUUCUGGAUAAUCUGACAAUAUUUCUAAUGUGUCUAGCGUAAAAAUAGACAAUCUUCUCUAAAAUAGCCUAUGGUUUCAACAGCUGUUUUAGUAAAAUGCUCCAGGUUACUAAUGGACAGAUGUAUGCACUUAAGCUACUAUAAAAAAAUAGUUAUUACUUUUUUUCCCUAAAACAUUGAUGAAAUAGAUUAAGGCUCUCCACAUUUUUUGUCAAAGUUCAUAUCUGAGAGGGAAAAAUAUAUGACUUAAUUGUCUGAUAAUAUGUUCACUUGUUAAAUCAUUUAUUCAUUCAUUGUAGCUAUCCAGUAGCUCUAAGAAGCCUUUCUAUGACCAAUUAUUUAUAACAGAGCCAGGGGUGCUGUCACACUGUGUGAGAGAGAGAGAGAGAGAGAGAGAGAGAGUUGUUGUUCUUACACAGCUCUGCAGUCAAAACAAGGUGAACAUUAUUAGUUUAGUCUGUAUUUUAAUCAGGUUUCAGCAUCUUUUGCUUGCAGUUAGCAUAAUUAGCUUGACUAGCAUUACUAGCUAUCAGCUGUCUGCGUGUUCCCGCUGGAGAUUUCAGUGCAACUUCCUUUCUUAAAGUUUCUAACAGCUUUUGUUUUUUGGGUUUUUUUUGCUUCCUCUGACUUCACUUCAAAAGAGCUUCCUGAUAUUAAAAAUAAGCAACUGACUUUUCUCACCUCGGUAACGACAUCCGCACUGAAAGGUGUGGUUGUCCAUCUGUUAAUGCGGAUGGACAAAUGCGGUGUGGUGUGAUCACUAAUCAGAAAAAGAUCCGAUUUGUAGUUUCUGACUUCCAAGUCCCAGGUUGGCUGAUCGGCAUAAAAUCUGUCAAAUCCAGUUGCCAUUUGUCAGCUCUUCUCUAAAUUUUAGUCAAGAAAAGAAAAAAACUCCAGUUAGCAAAUAAAAUGUAUACUUUUUGAGAUUUUCAGACUUCAAACUUUGAAGUGCUGUAGGUAUCAGCACUACAGCACUUUCGAGACUCGAGGCAUCUACCUUAAGAAGACCACACGGUUUGUAAUAAAAGAACAAACCGUGCAAAACCUUCAACCUCACCUGAUCCCUGUGCGUCUGUCUGAGUUUACUAGGUUCCCCCCCCCCAUCCCACCCACUGCUUCCUCUUCCUCCAGCCUGAGGCAGAAAAGAACAGCUCCCUGCAGGACAUGGAAGAAGACAUCGGCCUGAAGAAGCGUAAAGGUGAUCACCAUGGAGAGAAAGAGCUGCACGCGGGCCAAGAAACGGGCGAAAAGGUCAAAAGGAAGCGAGGACGCCCACCGGCUGAGAAGCUGCCUCCGAAUCCACCCGAGCUCACCAAGACACUGAACACUCUGGUGGAUAUGGUCAUCAACUACAAGGACGGGCUGGGACGACAGAUCAGUAAAGGUUUUGUGCAGCUUCCCUCUAAGAAAGAAGUACCGGAGUAUUACGAGCUAAUCCGAAAGCCUGUGGAUUUCAGGAGGAUCAGAGAGCGUGUUCGUAACCACAAGUACAGAAGCGUUGGGGAUUUGGAAAAGGACGUCUUCCUUCUAUGUCACAAUGCACAGACUUACAACCUGGAGGGAUCCCAGAUCUACGAGGAUUCUAUCGUCAUCAAAUCGGUUUUUGAGAGCGCUAGGCAGCGAAUUGCCGCGGACGAACAGCAAAAGAAGACUGCUGGCGCUGCUCACGGCAAUCAUGGCGGAGGAGCUGAAGACCAGUUCGUCCAAUCAGUGACUCCAGUACCAGUUCAGAUAAAGAAGGAGGAUAGAAGCAUAACUACUAUAGCCAAGAGCCUCCACAGUGAUUUCGAUAGUGAAGAGGAUCCAGACGACAACACAAAAGAUCAGGGUUGAAAAGAAAGGCCCUCCCGUUUUUUAUACAUAUCCUUGUUCAUGCCUUUUCUCUGCCACAUCCCUUUAAUUUUUUAUUUUUUUUUUUUAUUAUUCAAAGAAUGGUCCUAAAAAAUAAAAUAAAAGUGGAGAAACCACUCAAAGACUAGCACUUACGAAGCUACGCUUUUUUUGUUGUUGUUCUUCCCCCUCCAUUUCAGAUGACUCACGUUGCUGCACAGACUGCUGUCUCUCUCCUUUUUCACUAUGCUCUUCCAAAUAAUCGCUCACGUUUCAUCUGCUUCAGUCCCUGUGAUUGCUUUCGCGGUUUAUGUGUAAAAGACAGAUUUCGAUGACUGUUUCUAAUCGGGAUGUUUGAUUGUAUGAAGUGUCUUCAUUGUGUAUUCGGAGCAUGAUAUUUAAUCCGGCUCCUCCGGAGGAGUCCCCGGCCGUCUGUGUGUUCGAGUUUACAGCAUUGAAGCACACACUGAAGACUUUGUAAAGAAAUUGUAACAAAAUGAACAUAAUACAUUUGUGUAAAAUACAUGGGGAUUUUUAAAGUGGCGUAUCUUUAAUAAUAAUAAAAGAAAAUAGAGGUAAAGCAUUGUGGGAAUAAAAAUGUGAGCCUAGAGAUGCACCGAUUAAAAUUGUCCUGCAAAGUUUCUUCACCUACCAAUGUCGAUUUCACUUUAAGACUACAAGUAUGGAUUUGACUAGCACCCCCCCUGCCAUAAGUGAUCAAUAGUGAUUAAAAAUAUAGAGACAAUGUCAUGCUUCAUGUGUGAGAAAGAGGAUUUACUAAAGAAACAAACCUAGACUAAAUACAAAAUUUGCAGUUUGUUAGCACCUUACAUUAGCCUUUAGCCUGGAUAGUAUUAAAACAUGACUUCCCAGAUAAUGUAGAUCCUUUUUUUUGACAACAAGGUUUCCAAAAGGCUGCAAGUAUUUGCAAAUUACAGACACAAGUGGAGAUCCAAAAGGGAUAAAACAGAGCAACUUUGUCAUACUGCCCUCCUGUUCUCAAACUUUAAUGCUCUUCUGGCUUUAAUCUCAACAUGUCAUAAAAAAAUACGUUUAUAUUUCAAAUAGCUUAUUAUAUUGCUGUGCGUCCUGUGGAUCUUAAACACCUCACUGAUACUUAAAAUUGUCUGAUAGGAAAUUGAGUUAACUUAUAAUCUUUGGUCAGUAACGGUGUCCCUGCUAAGUUUGACAGUGUUGCCUGUAGGAGUGUUUUUAGGUAUGGUGUGUUCAAUGAUCAAAAAAUACAUAGGAUUUUUAUGUUUCCGACCAGCUCGUCAUCAGACAAGCUUGGAAAUUGGUGGGUUCGGGUCAACAGGAGAUUUCUCGGUGCAUCUCUAGUUAAAAUAAAACAACAACAAAAAAAACAGUUUUCAACUAGUUUAAACUUUGUUACUGAUGCUUCAUGGAGUCAGUUUUAGUCUAACAAAGGGUCUCCAUGUUGAACCCUUGUGCUACAAUAUAUUCACAUAGUGUACAGUUUGUGUGAAAAGUAAUUCAGUUUCUUUCAUGUACUCUCCUGGUUGUUGGGGAAUUGGACAGCUUCAUUGUCAAGACAAUCUCUUCAAACAUGUAUCGCCUACAAAAUAAAUUUUACCAAAAAAAA